GAAUUGGAUCGCGGCCUGACUUUUCUGUAUACAUUGAUCCCUGCCCAAUUCAACGCGAACGUCCCUUCUCCGACACCCAAGACAGGAACAGAUACAUAAUCGGACGCGGUCGUGAAACGAAGCGGCGUUCUCAAUCGGGCCACCGUCAUUUCUCUACGACAACCCGCACUUUCCAUUGGAAGUCAUCCCCCACACAGAGAGCCUGUGGAAUCGCGACGACACCACCAUGUCUUCCCGCGCUCUGCGCAAGUUGCAGCGCGAGAAGGAGGAGCAAGAGACGCUAAAGCGGCUGGAGCAGGAAGCCAAAGCCCUCGAGGAGGAAAAACAAUCGGAAGAUGACGAGCCACUUCCUGCGGCUAAAAAGAGCGCAUUUGAGCUGCUGCAAGAGCAAGAAGAAGCAAACGAGGACGAGGAUGAAGAGGAAGAUGAUGGCUCAGCUGAAGAACCAGAAUCAAUAGCGACAGCGCCUGUCCAAACUGCGCCAAAAUCGACAGCGAACAAAAAGAAGAAGCGCAAGAAGAAGGGCAAGAAAGCGGCAGACGAGAGGACGAAUGGACAUACAGAGUCUAACCAGGCAUCUGAUUUGGAUGAUAUUGAUGCAGCGUUGAAGGAGCUGUCUACAAAGGGAAACUCGUCCCAGCAUCUCACUGCUGCUGGAGUCGAUCCUGCUCUGGACGAAGCGAAUCGACUUCUUGCGAUCGAUAGCGCCCACUUGCAUGCUUCGAACGAGAUGCGCAGACUGUUUGGACGUGCCGCUCUAGAAGGCGACCGAGAGGAUGCCGGGCCUCCACGGGCGGCAAUGGGUGGCAAUCGGAGACAGCAACGACAACAGGUUGGCUUGAGAGAUGCGCUUCGAGGGCAGCGGAACGAUGGGAGAUCCGGCCUGUCUGCUGUGGCGUUACGCAGGAACAUUUUCAUUCAAGGCAAGGAAGACUGGCCGCAGGCUACCAGCGGUGGUCUGGGCAUGGAGGUGGAGGAGAAGCGUGCGGAUGGCACAACACUGUACCGAUUUGUGCACAAUACGGCCUAUCAGGACGUGCAGUCGCAGUUUGAGACAUGCGUGGCAUCCAUGGAUCCGCAGCGCAUGAUCAUGCUCCUUCAACACAAUCCAUACCACAUCUCAACACUCCUGCAAGUCUCGGAGAUUGCGAAACAAGAGCGCGACUUCACGACAGCGGGAGACCUGCUUGAGCGAGCUCUGUUCUCUUUUGGAAGAGCCGUACACAGCACCUUCACGAAGAAUCUGGCUGAUGGGAAAGCUCGCCUCGAUUUCCGACGUCCAGAGAACAGAGAAUUCUGGCUGGCCAGCUGGCGCUACAUGCAAAAUCUCACCAUGCGGGCUACAUACCGAACAGUCUAUGAGUGGACGAAGAUGCUGCUGUCUCUUUCUCCACAAGACGACCCCUACGCACUCUGGCUUGUACUCGAUCAGUACGCACUCCGCUCCAAAGAGCAAAUCGACUAUCUCAACAUCAGCCGCAAUGCGAUUUUCAAAGCUGUGCACGAAGGAAUGCCGAAUGUGCAGCUGAGCCAGGCGCUUGCAGAAUGUAAAGCUGGAAACAAGGGGAAAGGUCAGCAACUGUUGUUCUCAGUUGUCGGUCGCUAUCCGUGGUUCGUUGCACGCUUGAUGCAUGAACUCAAUGUCGAUGCGCCGCCUGCCGUAUGGGGCAAGGAGGCAGCAUCAGAAAAGGAGAAGCUCUAUGCAGAACUGUACGCCACCCGAGCCAAGGACCUGUGGAACACGCCCGAAAAUAUCGACCUCCUCUUGGAAACAGCCAGUGCUGUGCCUGUAGGUACGCCAGCGGCACCGACAGACUCGUCCGAGAUCGAAACAAACGUUGCCAGACACGUAUUGCUCUCGGACACGCCAGCGCUUAUCGCGCUCAUCCCCCGCGAGUACACAAAUCAAGUAGAAAGCUCGGCUGACCCACUCCCUCCUCACGACUCUAUUACAUCAUAUCAUCUCGAACGAAGAGCUCCACAGCUGUCGCAAUCUGGCCGUGGUCAGCAGCAGGUUCUGGCGGCCCUUCAGCAAGCACUGGCGCGUGCCUCGCAGAGGGAUCCCCAGCACGAUGAAAUUCAGGCAGUCUCUCGCUUUUUCCGGGACCUCUUCCCGUGGUACAAUCAACGAUAUCCCGGAGCUGCAGGCGAGGACGCUGAGAUCGAAGAGCCUCCCGCAACCGCUGCGGAGAUGAUGACACAAGUUCGCGAGGCAGGACGAGAGAACGCCUUCGAGGAUCAUGCUAGACGCUUCAUCGCACUACGAGGAGGUGUACAGCCAGAGCUGGAUAUCGAGCGAGUCCAUCGUUUGCUCGUUGAGAGCGCUCCACUGGAACCACGCACGGAGCCGGCAGGGCUGAAUCUUCAGCAACUUGAGACAUUGCUGAGGAAUGAAGGCCUCGGACAAUUUGACCAGCAAGACGGCAAUUUGGAGCAGCUCGCUGCUGCUCUGGACAAUGUACAGAACGAAGGCGUCGAAACCGAUGAUGAAGACGACUUUGGUAUGCCGGGUGGGUUUCGAUGA